UGCGCUUUGCGAGAUGGGCUGCUCCAGUAGCGCCCUCAACAAGGCGGGCGACAGCAGCAGGUUCGGCAGCAGCGGAGUACCUUCGAAUGAGAAUUCUUCCACUGUAGAACAAAACAAGUUCUGUGUAGCCCAACCCAAACCAUGUACACCAGGAGGAGAAGCUGCCUUUCGUGGCAACACACAAAGGGAAAGCCGUCCUCCAUUAGAGAGGCCCAAGGCUUCAGUGGUGCCUACAGCCAAUGGUGUUAAAUCCUACCACCAACCAUCUCUGGCAAAUGAUGAGACCCCUGCAAAGGAAGCCACAGACCACUCAAGACCCCUGAAGAAGAUUGAGCCUCUAGUGCAAGGGGGAGAGUGUGAGCUACCUCAGCCAGGAGGCAAAGACGACACGCUGGGAACUGAGGAUGUGAAGAACGAUGUGGAAGCAAGGACAGAGAUCCAGUCUUUAAAAGGAAACGCUGAGACUGAGCCUCUGAGGAUGGCAGCAGAGAGGGGCUCCCCUGGAGCAGGGGAAGACACCAAGCUUCCACAGGCUGGAAUGAUGAAGUUUCUACACACAACUGAGAACAUUCUACCUCUGGAAACAGCUCAGGAGCUACUACCUGAAGAAGCAAUGAGAAAGGACGCACAGCCUCAGAUUCUAGAAGCGAUUCCCAAAGAGAACAGCUCUCCAGAAAUAGAAGGGAGCCAAUCUGCAGAAAGCAGUGAAAAGCAGCAACUUUCAGAAGCACCAGGUGAAACUGAGCAGCCCCAAGGUCUAGAAAUAGUUCUCAAAGAGAAUGAAACACCACUGAUGCCAGACAGAAGCCAGCUCGUGCCAACACCUGUGACAAACAAGUCACUCGGCGACGCUCCUGAUGGUGGCAGAAGUGCCCAUGAGUCUCACCCUCAGGUAACAGGUGGAAACGGGCUGCAGCCAGCUGAAACUUCAGAGACAGCAGCAAAGGUGGAAAUGGCCAGAGAACUCCACCCUGAUAAAGAGGAGGAACACAUUGAAGGUGAGACAGGAGAAAAGGUGGAAGCAGAGAUGAAAAAUGAGAAAGAAAGUGAAGAAGCUGAAACCAAAGAAAAAGAAACAGGAGAAGCUGUGGAUCUUGGAGCAGCAGGGGCCAGCGACAGAAGGGCUUAGUGUGCAGUGUUACACCAGA